AGAGAUUCUCCGUGAUAACAGGCCAAUAUUUCGGCCUGGCCCAUUCAAGCGAUUCUCGAGCCGAGAAUAUGACUGAGGGACAAAAUCGUCAUUUUAAGGUUACUCCACAAAAGGAGUAAAUAUCGUCAAAAUUGAUGGCGGAAAUUUUCAUGUGUUUAGAUCGAAAGCGACGUCGUAUUAUAACAACACAUGAGAUGUGAGAUUGUUAGUUAACGAAGCAGACCUCGAUUCGAUUUCUCACAAUUCUCCCCCGAUAACUGAUUACUCUUCUUCUUCUUCCUCCGUCGUUGUUUCAUGCGACGAAUCGGUUUCAGAUUCAGUCGUGGUAUCUCUCGAUCUUCUCUAUCUUUGUCAUGGAUGAUCUGUUACACCAGCGAGUCGAGCAGUCUCAGGUAACUCCUCCUCAUGACGAUUCUAAUAUCCAUGGUGAUUUUGAUAACGAGGCUACGGAUGAAUCGCGAUCCGAAACUUGUUCUGUUGUGAUAGAGGGAAACUGCGACAUGGUGAUUGAAUUAGGAUUGGAAUCUGGAAGUGUUAUCGUUGAGAAUUUAGGUGAUAGUGAUAUUGAUGUUAGCAAUGAUUUUGAUGAACCUGAUGACGACGAUUUCUUUGUGGGGAGGACUGAUUUUGGGCUCGAGUUCCGCGAUAUUGCAUCUUCGGGGAAUGAUAUCAGGUUGAUUACGGUGGAAUCGGGUUCAGAUGAUGAUGAUGGUGUUGAGAAUGAGAGGGAAUUAUGGGGGAUUGAUCUGAAUGAAGAAGAUGUAUAUGUGAAUGAUGAUGAUGAAUAUGAAGAUGAUGAUGUUAGUGUGACUAUCCCUCUUUGUUGGGAUUCACUCCAAUUAGAAGAUCGUGAGGUAACUGCUGAUGAAUUUGAUUGGGAAGAAGUUGGUGGUGGUGGUGGUGGCGGCGUGGAUGAUGAGAGAGAGAUACGAAGUGGCUUUGCACAAAUUGAUAUGAAUGACGAAAGUUUGAUUUCUGCUUCGCCAAUUAUCUCUUUAGAGGGUUUAGUGACAAGGGAAAGAGCAGAGGGUUCGGGAAAUCUAGGGUGGGAAGUUUUACUGAAUCACACUCUAGAGAUCAACUUUGAUGUGGAUAACAGAGAGCUGUACAUUGGUGGUGAUCAUGACGAUUAUGUUCAAGACUAUGAUAUGUUGUUUGAACAGUUUGCCGAUGCUGAGGUAUCCGUUAUUGGUUUACCUCCGACUUCCAAAUCUUUUCUCAACAAUCUCCCAGUGGUUCUACUAGAAGGUGAGAACGAUGAUGAUGGUGGUUUGGUUUGUGCAGUUUGUAAAGAUGAGAUGAAUAUCGGAAACAAAGCGGUUCAACUGCCAUGUAAUCAUAAGUACCAUAGCGAAUGCAUUGUACCGUGGCUCAAAGUAAGGAACACAUGUCCUGUUUGUCGUUAUGAGUUGCCUACAGAUGAUGCAGAGUAUGAGCAGAGGAAGACUCAGAGAACAACAAAUACUUUUGGCAUGGUUCUGUAAAUGGUAAACAUCAUCCUCGAUAAGUAAGAUUUUUGUCUUGACUAGUUAAUAAUGUAGAUAUUCUGUGUUUGGAUUGUGUCAAGCGUUUUCUUAGUUGGUUUUGUUCUAGUAUUUGGCCUCAUUGUGUGACCCAUGAGAUGGUCUAAGCUUUAGGAGGCUAGCUUUGCAGAGAAGAACAUAUAUGCAUGUACUUUGAAUCUUUGAUGUUUGUUUUGCUUUUGUCUCAUUUUAUUGGCCUGGUUUAUACAUUUACCUAGAACUUCAUUCCAAA